UCACUUGUGCGGCCAUGUCAGUGACAACCCUCGAGAUCUCGGUACCAGACAGGGAGCGGGUCAUCAAGGCCGCGAUCCAAGCCAAGGAGUAUGCGUACUCCCGCUACUCCAAGUUCCGUGUAGGGGCGGCCCUGCUAUCCGUUGAUGGCCAGGUCAUCAAGGGCUGCAACGUCGAGAACGCGUCUUAUGGUGGAACAAUCUGCGCAGAGCGCACCGCAUUCGUCAAAGCCGUCAGCGAAGGUGUCACAUCGUUCACGGCCCUCGCUGUGACCUCAGAUGUCAGGGCCCCGCUCUCCCCGUGUGGCCUUUGCAGGCAGGUCAUCCGCGAGUUUUGCGCGCAGAAGAUGCCCAUCUUCCUGGUACCCGCGGACUACGAGGCUCGCGUAGCGAAAGGGGAAACGGAUGGCGGUAUUAAGGAGACAAGCAUCGAAGAGCUGCUUCCCCACAGCUUCGGGCCGGAGGACCUCGAGUUGCCCAGGGUGCCCGCAUGAAUCCGGGCGAGAUUCUGAUGUACACUCAUUGCUUAUACCUGAGACUUACAUGAUGCAUACUCAUGACCAAGAAUUUAUGUAUCAAA